AUGGAAUUUCAAUAAGAUACCUAAGCUUUUGAUGAUUUAAUUAGAGAAAUUGAGCUCAUUUUUAAUAAGGCAGCAUACAACUAAACUAUUUUAACUUUUAAGGAAGCUAAAUAAAAGAUAUAAGAAUUCAAUGAUGAUAAUUAAAUUGAAUUAAUGCCCCUGCAAUUUGGAGAUAAUAAAGUAAUUAUUUAGAUUAUCCAGAAAGCAUUAAGUUUAAGUAGACUUUGUCCAACCCAUAAUAAAGAAAUACUUCUGAUUGACAUAGAAUCAAAUAAUAAAUCAAUAGAAGACAGAUUUGCUUGCUUAGAAUGCCUUGGGGAUGAAGGCGUUAAUUGCAAAUAAAAAUCAAUAGAAAAAAUAAAUUUGUUAUGGAAUCAAAAGAAAAAUAAUUAAAUUAAAAUUGUUGAAGAAUUAAAAUCAAAGAGGUAAUUAAAAUAAGAGAAAUUAAACAAAAAAAUUUAGUAAAUGAGAGAGAAUUACAAUUCAAAAAUAAAUUCCAUAAGCGAACAAUUAAUAACAAAAUUUCCGUUUCCGACAACCAAAACAAGUGAAUUUAGUUAGUUUAAAUAAGUUUCAAUACAAUAAUUAAGCAAUGAAGAAUUGUUUUAAACUAUUAAUUAUCUGAUUCAAUAUGAUAAUGAUAAUCAUAUUUAAAAUGAGUAUACGAUAACUAAAGAAAUUUAAUUUUCAAAAUCAAUAGAAAAUUAAUUAGAGCAAUUAAAAUAAGAUGAUUUGUUAGAUAUUUAAGAGUCAAUUAAUAUUUUGCAUGAUUAAUCAAGUAUCAAAAAUGGUUUAUUAUUAGCUGACAAACAAUUAUAGUUAAUUAUUUAACUAUCAAAACUCAUUUAGGAUAGUACAAUUGUUAAUUAAUAAAAAUAGAUAAGAAAACAAGAGAUGGAUGAAUUCAUAAGUUCUUCUAAGUAAAUAUAUUGUUAGUUGGAUUUGUUGAAUUAGACAGUUUACAAAUUUUAAUAGCACAUUAAAAAAGUUAAUUCUAUUAAAAAUAAAAUAUAAUCAGUUCCAGAUCAUGAAAGUUUUUCAAAUAUACAACAACAACUUAGUUUUUAUUUGAAUAAUUUUGAAAAGGAUUUUAAGGAUCUAAAGAAAUUUUGUGAAAUAGACUAAUUGGAGAGUGCUCAAUUAACUUUACAAUAAAAUUAUACUAAAUUGCAUUUGGAAAGUAAAAAAAUAUUCAAUUAAUUAGGCAAGGAGUUAGAAAUAUAAUUACAAAACAUUGUAGAUGAAAAGAAUGUAUUGAUUGAAAAAUUGAAGGUAGAAUAAAUUAACAAUUUGAAUGUUAGCAAAAAAAACAAGAAUAAUAAAUAAUCAUAUAAAAUGAAAUCAAAUUACUUGACUAAAAGACUAAAGACUAGGAAGUUUUAAUAAAAACGUAUGAAUCAGUGUUAGAUAAGUUAGGAUUAAAUAUAAAACCAAGAUUAUUGUAAGGUGCUUUUUGGGUUAGAUUAUUCUUUUAUAUAUAAGAAAAAUCAAAACAAAAAAUCUAAGAAUCUCUAUUACUUUAUUAAGGAACUAGAGAUGGAUUGAAUAAAGAUUAAUUUUGGAAUAAAUGUUAUGGAAAGAGUAAUCUUC